CGUCUUGGGCCCUCCACCAAAAUGUAGCACGACGUCACCGCUUCCGCCCUGCUCCCCUCUCCACCCCCAGCCUCCCUCUCUCUCCUCCCCCGGCGUCGUUGGAGCAGCUCAGCCGCCUGCAAUCCAACAUGGAGUAGUGAGAGAUGGGGCUCUAGCGGGGCCACCCCUCGGCAACAGCAGCGAAGACGCGCUUCUCUUUUUUACGCACAACUGGAAGAGGAGUCGUCGGUGAAAACAUGCGCCUUAGGACUUAAAAAAAACCCGGAGCGUGUGUGAGAGGGAGUGAGCGAGCGAGUUUGCCCGCGCGCGCGCGCGCGUGUGUGUGUGUGUGUGUUUGGAGAAGGUGGGGGGGUUAGAGAGAAUCAGAAGCUAGAUUCGGCAACCGAAAUUGCCAGUGCAGCCUGCGUUUAUCCACUGAUUGGGUAUUAAAGUUCCAGACGGAGAAGAGGAGGUCCUUUAUUUUUCCUUCUUCUUCUUCUUCUGUUGCGAUCCAGAAGAAAACAGCGUGGCUUCAGUGGAGGAAAGGAUUUCAGGAAAAAAAAAAAAGGGACUGUCGAGGGCAAAGCCUGAGAGCCGACACUCGCACAAAGGCGCAGGGGGGAUUUAUGCGGAAUUGGACACAGGAUCGGAGGUGAAAGAAUGACGAGUGAAAAGUAUGCAACCGCCGUGGUACAUUACCUGAGGUGAAACGAAAAAAUGAUAGAGGAAACACACCCAAACGAUGACAGCUACAUCGUGCGUGUGAAAGCGGUGGUGAUGACGCGGGACGACUCAAGCGGCGGCUGGCUGGCUCAGGAUGGGGGGGCCCUCACCCGGGUGGGCGUCUGUCGCCUCCUUCCUACGGAGGUGAUGCAUCUCUCCGGCUCCAGCAGUUCCCAGUUCGUCAUCCGGGGGGAACGGCUGCGUGACAAACAGGUGAUCCUGGACUGUCCGCUGCGGAAGGACAUAGUGUACACUAUCGCGAUGCCGACAUUUCACCACUGGAAGGUGGAGGACAGGCGGUGCGGCCUGUCGUUCCAGUGUCCAGCUGACGCCAGAGCCUUCGACAGAGGGGUGCACAAAGCAAUUGAAGACCUGGCUGAAGGCUCCACGACUUCCUCUACGGCACUCCAGAACGAGGGAGAACUGGGGGACGACGAUGUUUUCACUAACGCCACAGACAGCUCAUCCAACUCCUCUCAGAAAUUGGACAGCUCUCUGCCGCCGCUCGAGUCCUCGCCCCUUCCUCAGAGACAUAAGUGCACGCCAGGACAUCGACAUGACCUGCAUGACUCCUGCCGCCUCACAGACCACUACUACUUGGACCAGCCAUUGUCUCGGAUCCCUCGACACGUCACCUUCGAGGAUGAGGAAAUUGUCCGAAUCAACCCCCGGGAGCGCAGCUGGGAGCGAAGCACAGAACGCUACCUUGGACGCCAGGCAGAUCGCUCCUGGAACACGGGCUAUGAGGACUACCGACACGCCAUAGUGCGUGAUAGAUACAUCCACCCGGAAGAGACAGAGUCCUAUGUACACUUCGACAAAACAGAGGCGCAGAAGCAUGACUAUACCUACCCGCUGGCACCUUCCUUGUCGCCCUCAGACUCUGACCCCGCCCUAGGAUCCUUGCCCACUAAGGGUCACAGCGGCUCCUACCACCAGCCCUUCUCUUCGGUCGUUUCCAGCCAGCCUCGGUCAUUUUUCACGAGCUUGUCCCCGUCCUCCAAUGGAAGGAAGGGGCGGAAGGACAAUGGGUUGGAGCGUGCUCAGUGCGAGCACUGCGGCGAGGCCUUCUACCUCUCCGAAAACCGGAGAGGACGGUGCCAGGACGCCCCAGAUCCCCUGCGAGUGUGCAUCCGACGGGUCAGCUGCAUGUGGCUGGCAGACACCAUGCUCUACCACUGCAUGUCUGACCCAGAGGGGGAGUACUCGGACCCCUGCUCCUGCGACGGAGGCGAGGGUAGCGGCGGAGGCCGACUUGGCACCCGUUGGUUGGCUUUGCUAGGCUUGUCCGCAGUGGCGCCGUGCCUCUGCCUCUACCCGCCCCUCCACGCCUGCCACCGGGUGGGGCUGGCAUGCGGCUGCUGCGGAGGCCGACACAAGGCCCAGAGCUGAGAUGUCGUACUUGGAAUCCUCUCAGAGGAAACGUCGGAAAAAAUAAAAACCUUAACCCAACGCAAACACAGAGAAAUGGGGAAAAAGGCUCAAAGAGGAGGAAGAAGUGGUCGCGGCUGUUUGCUCUCUUGCCUUGGUUUUUCUGGGUUCCUCUACAAAUUCCAGACACUGAAAUAAGCCAAAUAAGAAAAACAAAACAAAAAAAAAAACAGUUGGUCCAUUUUGUGAACAGCCUGGGAAGAUAAGCUCCCCCUUAUGGCAGACAGUUCUUUCAGCUCUCCAUGUGGCCAUUUCAUGCUCUGUUUCUAAAGAGAGAGUAGUCUUUUUCAGGGGGCCUUUUUUAUAGCCAAACUAUACGUCAUGUAUCACAUAUGCAGGUACUUUAUAUUGUUAUAUUUGUACAUUGACUUGGCCUCAAAGAACUUGAAUUCUUUGUUGUAUUUUCUUUUCUUUCCUUCAAUGUCUCUGUGGCCAUAUUGUUUAUUUUCUAUUCAAACAUCAGGCCCGCUCAGUUCAACAGAAAUCAGACACUACACCUCUUUGGGAAUGUGUGUGUGCGUGUGUAUGUGUGUGUGUGUUUAUAUGAGUGUAAGUUGAGGCCUUUUGUUUUCUGUGCUGCAGCUUGUAGUAAAGCUAAUGUAUAUACUCUUCAUAGUUCUCUGCGGACAUCUUUCCUCGCUCAAACAAAUGCGGUACAAAUCUUGAAGGCACAGUUUGGAUUUUUGAAGCAAGGUUCUGUGAAGGUAUUAUCAGCAACAGGUCCUUUUCUUGUGAGCAGACAGAUGUCUUAUCACAGUGAGUUUGUAGAAACGUCAACAAAUCCUCACAUGGACUCCCCGUUGCGUCUGAUUUGGGCAGUUAAGCUGAAAAUGUGUGUGGAACUACGACACUACAGUUGCGGCUGUCGAUCGUCUACACUUCUGCAAGACGCCGUCGAGAGGUUUCUGUCACUUUUCGUCCGCCGAACAAUGUCAAUGAAGUUGUACUGUCAGAAUGAUUUCUAAACAACUUACAAGACCUGGAAAAGCACAGGAAUGCUAAAAAAGACAGCCCGUCACAAAAUUCAACAGUUCACUCCCCGUUCGGUGGACUCAAGAUUAGACUGACAUAUCGCAGCUGUAGUGUUAUGGAACGUUGGAAACAACGUGUUCAUAUGCACAGAUGAACAACAGGCACGUUCAUGACGGUAGACUAAGUUAAAAAUAGUCUCGACUGACUCUUCAGGACAGCUUUUCGGUUCCUAAAUGUGAAAGAAUUUAGAUGCAUUUCACUACACAUUUUAAAAUGGCUAGCUAAUGUGAAUUGGCACAGCUUCCAAAAUUCACUGUCAAAGAUGAAAUCAGAGCCAAUAAGAGACCAUGGAAGGUUGGAAUCAGUCAAGCCUGGUGCACUUAAAAAAAGAAGAAACAGAGAUUCAGUUGCAAAGCUGCUUUUGGUCUAACAGAUUUGUUUUUUUAGCUAGUAGCUUCCACCAACUUAAAUUUGUAUCGUAGCACAAAUAUUUGACUGAGAAAAUGGCAACAACUCAACAAUGACGUCUUGUGAAAGUAAGCGUUUAACAUCUGCUAAUUUAGCAUUGAUCUCCAUGAACAUAAAACAGUCGCAGUUAGUUAUUGUAAAAUCAGCUUAAGCUGAGCUAGCUAGCCGUUAAAGGCCUACUGCUCUGACCAUUUCAGCACUUUCUACAAACUCGCUGCGAUGUGGCAUCUUUCUAAUGCAGGUAAGGGAAUUAUUAGCGGCAAUACCUUAACAGGAUCUCUCUUCAGUGAAUGUAAUCUAUCCUUUUUAAUAGAUAUUCCAAAGAUUUAUGGUUUUUAAAAAAAUCCUAUUUAUUUACUCAUCACCUACCUUUAGAAGUCUGAUUCAACGUUGCCUCAAGUAAUGCUGCGGUAAUCUAGCAUCCCUUCAUCUUUCUCAUGACCUUAAAACAGUGCCUAGAAAUUCCCUCAACCAGAUCACCCACUGAGUCUUACAGUUCCAGUCAGCUUGAUUGGUUCAGCAAAGCAAGAGCCUCCAUCCAGAAAUCAGGAUUUUUUUUUACAUUUUUUUGGUCAAACACUGAAAUAGUAAUAAAAACCUACCGUUUAACUAUUUGUGCCCAUAUGCCUUAAAAUGUGGAGUCUCGGUCUAAACGUCACUUCUCUCUGUAAAGAUGUCCGCAACAAUCAAACUAUUCAACUGGACGUGAUUUAAGCUAUUUUUGUAACAAGAAAUUUCAAAGAAGCUUGAAGUAAAAAAAAAAAAAAAAAAAACAGUUCUCACUACAUAUGUAAGCUAUGGACUCUAGUUUGCCUGCGACGCACAAUCACCACACCCUUUUUUUUUUUUUUUUUUUUCAACCAUCAAAUCCCAAACUUUCUCACUGGUCACACAUGGAACAGCACAGGCCUGACGAAUUCUACUCUAUCUUACAAAAAAAGUCCAUAAUAAGCUCCCUGGAAGGAAAAAAGGAAAAAAGACUCUUAGCACUAUCACUAAAAUUAACCCAAAAAUCAAGUGGCUUUUACUUUGCAGAGAAAACCAAAAAUGAGUCAUAUUUCUGCUUAAAUUUCAUACCGUGUUGAUAAUUGGUACUUUAGUUUUGAUACAUAGCCACAAUGUAAAAUAAACUGUGCCUACAUUUAACAGUAGUUUCAAAGCAAACAUGCCUAAUGCAGAUAAUAUUAAACCUUUCUGCUCUUUGAGCUACACAAGCAGAACAAGUUCAUAUUACAUGGUUAGUUUGGAAAGCUAGCCUGCAGUCUGCUGCUUUACAGAUAUCCGACUCAGAGCAUGUUUUUAGAACAACGUUAGUGGAAAUACACAUAGCGAUGAACGCCUGCGUUCUUUGUGACUGUGAAUAUUUCCUGAUAGUUACAUUCUCCUCAGGCAAAAUGUGUAGUAGCCUUCUUUCAGAUAGCUGCUCACUUCUAGUCGCUCUGGCACUUUCUGUGGCAUCUCAAUAAGCAAAGUUUACACCUUAGAAAAAGUACGGCAGAACAUCCGUGCCGUUUUGAAAUGGUGUCUUUUAAAAACCGUGGUAUACGUCCAUGACCAGCCUGUUCCUACUCGUGACCCAAAGGAUCAUAUGAAUACAUGGAUAGGUUAGUUGGCAUAUAAUAUAAUUGUAUCUCUUUUCUAUAUUAUUAGAAAUAUAUUUCAUUCUAAUAUUUUAAGACUCUUUAAAAUUCACCUGUUCCUCCAAAAUCUAAGCAGAAAUAAAGAAGUGAGUAUUUUAUAUGAUCAUACCGUUUGUUGCAAAGGCCAGAUGACUUCCAGGUGGUUCAGAAUGAAACGCACCCCCCCUCCCCCCCUUUUAUUUAUUCAACUUAUUCGCUCUUAAUUAUAAAGCGACUUGGUUUGUUGCCAAAAGUCAGUCUGUCCGUCUCAGGCACUAAAAGUUGUGGUGAACAUGAGAAACAAACCUGCUGAAACCACAUGUGACCAGUGUGUGCUAUUAAUCUCUGCCCUGAAUCGUCCCCUCAGCCCUCAGCCCUCCACCGGCCCUCACGCCAGAUUUGGCUCAGCAACAGAAGUGUGGGUUCGUCUGUGACUGAUUGGGCAAGAAAUGGUUAAAGUUUAUGUAAAGGGGGGCUUGUGGGGGUUUUGCGAGCGCUUUGAAUUUUAUAGCAAAUGCAGAAAGGAAAAAAAAAAAGAGAGGAAAAAAAGUGGGAACGUUGUCCCACCUGCUGUUUUACUGUCUCUUUAGCCCUUGGCCUCUGUGAUGGCAGCGUCUGGAACGUGACGGCGAACACAAUAAGCCGUUUAAAGAUGAAACGAGGCAGGAUGUCGGUAGGAAUCCCUCGGAGAGCACAGAGUGUAAAAAAGACGUCUGCGAUUCUAAAAACAAGCGUUCAGCCCUCAUUGUUUUGCUAAGGAAAUGUCCUUUUACUGUAGCUGAAGAGUGUUUAAGGAUGUCCUCUUUCCCCCCCUGGUUGUGUCUGUUCGACACAUCCUGUCCCCUGUACCCACUUGUGUGUCACUGUAUGAAUGCCUGCGUGUGUGUGUGUGUGUGUUUACAUGGCAGCCUCUCCAUCCUCUUCCUUGAUCCAAAGAUACUGGGAUCAGCUUGCAGUCUGUGCUUUGUUCUACUAAUUUUGGAUCCAUUAACGACGGUGCAUCAGGGACUGGGCCAAUCCAUCCAGAAAGUGUCUGUGUUGUUUUCUUCUGUUUUUUGGGGGGUUUUUUUACAUUCAUCUCACAUGUCAGAGCCAUUAACAAAGUGCCUGAACUCAUCCACCUUACCUUGUGUAUUUAAAUCGAAAACAACAAAAAGAAUUGGUUAAAAAAAAAAAACAACCAAAAACAAAACGUUGUACUAAAUUGGAUCUUUUUUCUUUCCUUUUUUUUUUACACUUAGCAUUUUUACCUCUGUAAAAACAACAAAACAAAGUAAGAGCAAAAAUUAUAUAUAUCACGUGUAUGUUGUACAUUUUUAUUUCUAUAUUUGUUUUUUUUAAGUAACUGUUUAUAACAUGUACGAUGGAUGUAGCUCUUGCUUUUGAGAAGGACAAGGAAGUACUUUGUAGAAACUAAAGAGUGGCCAGGGUCUGUGAGAAAAUCUAAUUGAAAUGUGUGUCUUACCUUCUGCCUUUAAUAAAACGAGAGAACACAGAGGAAACUCCCACGGCCCCCCAUGAAACGUUUCUGGCUUAUUCCACGCAUCUCAGAUUUAAAGUGUCCAACCUGCAGGCUUUUUUUAGCUUUAGAAAUUGUUCCUGUCUUCAAAUCCCAGGACUUGGACAUGAUUGGUAGUUUCUCUGGUGUUUCUCAAACUUGCUCUUCAGUGUCACCUGCUGCAACUGCAACCCCGACGAGCUUAGUGGCAUAACAAGCAAAGAGUCUGACAAUCACAGAAAGCUAUUUCCAAAUGCCUGAAGGAGCAUGUUGUGAGACGACAUGGGAAAGUCCGCCAAAGCUGCCAGAUGGUUCCAAAUCUCAAAGGUGACUGUUUUUUGUGUGAAUCAAUGUCCUCAAAAGCAAAAUAUCUUAUAAAGUUAUAAGAUAUUGGAGUUAUCAGCAGUGAAACCAUUUAUACGCUGACUUGGGCUGAAAGGCCAUGCAGUCUGGAGGAAGCAAUCACUCCGAAAGUAUCAGAAAAAGCCAGGUAGGAAUUGGCCAAUUCAUUCAGAGACCCUAAUUUCUAGAGACAUGUCCGGCAGGUCUGAUGACUGUAAAUUGAAAGUUUUUGGCCAUAAUGCCAAUUGUUCCAUUUGGAGGCAAAAGGGGUGUCUGCAAGCCUGAGGUUGCUGAAGCAUCAUAUUGUGGGGGUGAUUUGCGUCUGCGGGGAACGGUGCACUUCACAAAACAGAUAUGGAAAUAUUGAAGCAACAUCUUCAGGCAGCAGACAGGAAGUUAAAGUACAAAAGGGUCUUCCAAAUAUACAAAGAUCCUGAGCAGACCACCAAAUUAGUUCCAAAGUGGCUUUAGGACAAAGACGACGACGCAGAGUGGCCAUCCCAACGCCUUGACCUCAGUCUAACGGCAAACUGGAGAACCUGAUGAGUUACAAGAGUUCUGUAGAGGAAAAAUGAAAGGAAGCCAUUGUGAGAAGCUCGAGGAAGGAGCCCGACCCCUUGACCUCAGUCGUAAUCCUAAACAACAUCAAGCAGGAAAAGUUUCAUCUGAUUUAAUGUCGGUGAGAGAGAGGUCAUGUCUUUUUAUAAGCUGCAUGUAAAUGUGUGGUUUCGACUGGAGAUUCGCCGCGCAGUGAUAUAGUGAGUAAGAUAAGCAUAUCAACAGCAACUUUUUUUCUCGGCUAGAAAAUUUCUAACAGGGCUGUUUACAUAAUAUUCACCCCAAGAUGUCGGCAAUGACCCAACCAGUCCACAUGUACAAGGCAAUCAAAGCAAAUUAGUCCACAAAUGAAGUAAUGGGGGAAAAAAACCCAAAAACUUUACACAUACUCUGCAAGAACAAAAGAAUUUAUUCUCUCUCUGGGGGCUGCAAGAACAUCUGGGCAAAACUUCUUUGUUGCCUGGUAUCCAACAGCUAUUACUGCUGCAAAAGCAGGAACCAGUGAGAAUUCCCUAAGAUUUCUACCACUGGGUUCUGAAGUGUAAAGUGCCCUGGCCAGAACAACUCUAAAGCUCAAGUUUCUCUGUUCUGGGUAAGUAUGUAAAGGCUUUAUAUACCGAACAGAUGAAGAAAAUGAUGUGCAAAAGGUGUAGAAAGCCAAGAAAGCAGCUGAAGUCUGUCAGCAUUUAGAAGCUGUAAACACUGCUGCAACCUUGCCAGGUCACUCUUGAAAAUGAGAUUGGAUGAUUUGAAAGGUGCUCUUGCACAGGCAUGUAUAUAAUCCCUCCAUGAAGGCUCUUUUUAUGAGAAUACCCCUCCAACGUGUGCGUCAAACUUUAAACGCUGUAUCGCUGUCUUGGCGCGACACGACCUUUCAAAAACGCAAAUAUAAGUCAACAUUUACAGUGACAUUUCUAAACUUUUAGAAUGGUCCAGUGAGUGGUGCUGGAGUCAUAUUUCCAAAGUGAAAAGAGCCACUAUUUCAUCAUAAACCAAUCAGGUCUCCCUCAUCAUAUUCUGAAAAGAAAAGGGUCUAAAGAUGAAUCUAAACAGUUGUCCCAAGAACUGUGGAGCACUCUGCGAGCUACAGCAAGGCCUGGAAAUAAGCUGAACGAUAAGUAAGUCACUCAACAGCAGCAGUUUCUGCUCACACUGCUGGAGAAAGUUUGCUGUAGAAGAUUUGGACAGGCCUGUGAAGUGCUGGUCGAAUAUAGUCUGGAUCUUAUGAUGCCAAAGCUGAUUUUUUUUUUUUUUUGGCACUAGCGGGCUUUAUUUGAUAGUAAUCCAACAGGAAGGGGACAAAGAGACGGGCAAAGGAACCGAUCAUAGGAGUCAAAAAUUAUUAACAAAUAAUUUUCCUAAUCUUCCACUUAGAAAAACUUUAAAGGGUUUCAAAGACUCCCGGUUUAGCAGAUAAAUGUCAGUCUGCAGCUGUUGCAGCAAGUUUCAUUUCCUCAGUUGAUUUCAGAACCAAACAUGGAACUAAAAUUCACGCCAUCCUUUGAGACGUGGAUGCCAGCGCACGGUGGUAAACGCAGAUCUAGCAGUACUGAUCAGAGAUUCAAAUUAAACGUAGUUCAAGUUUGGGCAAAUUCGAGAAAAAAAAAAAAAAAAAGAGACCAACUAAAACGACGUUAAAGAAAAACUUGGCGCAAACGUACGUCUCAAGAUGUACGUUUCACAGCUGCCUCCCUCCUCAGCAGGAACAUGUGAUAGCCAUCGAAGCCGUCGAGCUGUUUCACUCAGGAUGUCUCCGGAAAAGCAUGUGGGCGAUAAUGAUGGAGCCCAGGAGAGAGAGAGAGAAAGAGAGAGAGAGAGAGAGGGGGAAAGAGAGAGCAAAAGAGGAAGAAAGAAGGAAGGGGGAGGGAGAGCAAAGAGAAGAGAAAGAGAGGGUCCCUCAGGGCUUUUGGGGGCCUGCUAAGCAGCUCAACGGCUGCAAACAGCAUCACAGUCCACAUGUGCAAACAUUUAAGAUAUCUGCCUGUGUAAUGGGGUCAACAUGGCCCCUCUCCGGGUGCACCGAGCACCGGCGUUCACUUCCCACCACAGUUUACAGAAACGAGGCGACCGUGGAGUCGACUCCAAAGAUAGGGAAGGAGUUGGAUUUUUUUGAUUUUUUUUCUCCUUCUCUUUCUUUUUUUUUCUUAAGCCUGGGGUAUUUGGGUUUAGCACGGCUUGAAGAGAGCUGCAACAUUCUGGCCUAUUGUUACUCUAUCAAGUCUGGCUCAUUGGAGUUUGAGCAAAUGCAACUCUAAAAGCGAAGAGUAAACAUACUCGACUCCAAUUUGUCCUUGAAAACAUGAACAAACAAACAAACAAAACAAACAAACACAAAAACACAAAAGCGGAUGUUUGGCUGGUGAAGACAUACUUUGGCAUCGACAGUUUUUACGAGUCUUGAAACAAAAGCCUCAUCAGUAAUGUCGGCAUUUAACACAGGUCAAAUCCAGAUUGCAGACCUGCAAGUAUUCCAGUGCAUAAAAGGGAAAUACACUUUUUAUUCUGUUGAUCUUUGAGUACUUCCUUGUCAUUGAAAAAAAAAGUUUAUUCCCCCCCAUUUGUUUCCUCGGUAAGCUUCAUAUUGCAAUCGAGUCCUUUUAUGAUACAUUCAGGACUUUGUACUUCAAACCCACUAAUAUUCCACGUAGUUUUGAUUUUCACUCCUGUUUAAAAUCCUUCCAAUUAGGUUCCAGAGAAAGUUUUAUUUUCUUCCUCUUGUCUAGCUCACCUGCAGUGCACCUGCUGCUGUCCACUGCAGGCCAGCUGCCUGAAAGAAAGAUGCAACAUUUCCCUUCACACAAACAAGAUGAUUGGAGGUCUUUCAGGUUGAUAGUAGAGUCAUUGUGUGGAAACUGAAGGAAUGCCGCCAACCUCUCAUAUUGAGGUAAUACUAUUUAAAAACUACAACUAGCAAAGCUGCUAGUGUCUGAACAUUCAGAGUCACAUAAAGACAGUUACAAAGUCGGCCUUCUACCAAGGAGCAUUUCCAAGAGUAGAGGACUAAUGUCGCAGGAAGAUCUAGUGAAACUCCUCAUGUUUAUCUUUAGUCGUAUUGAUUACUGCAACAGUGUCUUCAAAUGUCUGCCUAAACUAAAGAAAGAAAACAAAUCAAACAGCUACACCUGACCCAGAACACUGCUGCUCACGUUCUCACUAAAAUCAGGAACAUGGAGCAUGUCACCCUAGUUUUAAAGUAGUGGAGCAGUGGAGGCUGGUGGUUUACAGCUCAAGCGAUUUCCAGCGAGCUUCAUACCGUCAAAUUGGCGCUUUACAUGGCCAGACGUUAGCAACUGGGCAAGAGAGAACAUUUAAAGAAUAAAAAGAAAAGCGUAGAACCAGGGACUGAUUUAUAACCAGGCUAAAAACAAAGUCACCAGAAAAUAACCACAGAACGCUAAAGGAGUCAACCACAAUCAGUAACGCCAUUUUAAAAUUAGAACUUAUCAACCAAGUGACAUUUGCCUUUUUGUUUUUAAACAACUUGAUUAUAUCAGUUGCUACUUGUAAAUGACCACUGAACGGUUUCAUCGAGCCGAGUUUGACCCGACAGCAGGUCUCGUACAGAACCCGUUUUGAAUGCAUUUAGGCGACGUCUCGCCUGGCGCUCAGACGUGUCGGUACCAGUUCAAGGUCGGGAGGGAAGUGCUGCGUGUCGGGGGAUUAAAACAGAACCAGGCCGGAAGAGUCUGGGGUGAGAUCUUUAUUUCAGGCACGGAAAGAGUCUCUUCCUCUGAUGGCGCCACUGCCUCCGCCACUGUUCCAUUUCCUCUUCCUCCUUCUGGUCGCUGCACACACAUCCCAGUCCUCCGUGGAUGAGCCUCCGUCUCUCUCUCUCCCAUCUGUGAGCGAGUGUGAUGAAUCCGUCCAAGCAACCCGUCUGGCAUCCAAUAAUUUAAGAAGUUAAAAUCUUUGAGGGGGGAAAAAUUCUGCACCUUUAAACAGGCAUAGAAAUUGUGAAGAGACCCACACAGCCGUCAUUAUAAAUCACUUUUAUUUAAAUCAGCGUUAGGCAGUUAUGCUAUGAACGACAGGAAAAUAAAAACAAGAAAAAAAAAAAAAAGAAAAAAAACGGACAAAAAAGAAAGACAUUAAAACAUGAGAUCCAGUUAACAAUAACUGCACUUGGCACUGGAUAAGACGUUCAUGAAAAGAGGGGAAGAAAAAAAAUAAUAAUGAUAAAGGUACACGUUUUUCAUACCCGAAAUAGAAGUGGCUCCAGUAACACGUCAAACCCCUAGAGCCUGGAGAACUUAAAUACGUUUUCUUUUUCUAGGAUAUUGGGGUAUUUUCCAACUUUAAUGACCGUUUGGACCCGAGAGACCAAACGGUGCGACGCGGCAGUGACCACUCAUAUAUCCACUCGAAAUUUACAUCUAAAGAGAAGGUAGAAAUGAACAAAUACUCGCUUCUUAUUAACCGCGUUUCCCCUCCCACAACAAACUAACCCCAAACGUACCGUCACAAAACUCUCCGUCAAGCUUAGAGGCUUUUACUGUUUCCGUCCCUUUAUGAAUCAACCAUUAAUUUCUUUUAUAUAUAUAUAUAUAUAAAAAAAAAAAUUAAAAAAAAUCAAAGAAAAAAGCGCAAGAAUGUGUGUCGCUGUGUGCAUUCCAUUUCCAAUGGCUCAAUGCACAACACCAGGAGGAAAAUCAUGAAAAAAACA